AUGACCAAUGAGGAUGUAAAGCCUAAAGUCAACAACAUACACGAUACAUAUGAUGCAGUUGUAGAAAUGUACAAAAAUUAUGCACGUGAAGCAUGUUUUGAUAUUAGGCUAGGAUCAAACAAGAAGAAUACGGAUGGUACUUUCACUAGUAGGUACUUAUUAUGUAACAGAGAAGGAAAGCCCAACACUGGUAAUGUUGACACUAUUGAUACUCGGUACAAAAAGGUAAAACAAAGAAAAGAUAUACAUGGGAAAGAAUGUGAGGCUCGUAUUGUAUUCAAGCUCGUUCCUCAGACAGGAAAAUAUGUGGUUCAUGAAUUCAUUGAAAGACAUAAUCAUAUGUUGAUACCUAAGGCUAAUAUGCAUUGGUCACGUUCAAAAAGAAAACUAGAUUUGUCUCAGCAAACUUACAUUUAUAACAUUUAUAAGAAUAAAGUUGGUGCAAAAAAAGCUUACAGGUAUAACAUGGUAUUUGUUCCAUUUACUGGAAUUGAUAACCAUAAGAGGUGUGUCACAUUUGGUGCCGGAUUGCUUACCCGAGAAGACACAGAUUCUUACAAAUGGUUACUAAAAUGUUUUUUGAAAGUUUUUGGGAGUCCACCUAAGAUUAUAAUGUCUAAUCAAGAUUUGGAAAUCAAAAAAGUUGUUGAUGAAUUGUCACCACUCUCCAGUCAUCGUUUAUGUAUGUGGCAUAUAACAUCAAAAUUACCUAAAAAGUUAACUUGGGAAAUCGCCAACAAUUCAGACUUUAAGAAACGCUUCAACAGCUUGAUAUGGAAUGAAAAAAUUAAUGAGUCAGAGUUUGAAGCUGGAUAG